CGGAUUAGAAAAGAAGCAACAUGGCGGACUGGGGCAGAGUGCCAAACUCGGGAGCAGUGGAUGAGAUGUUAGAUGCAGAGAACAAACGUCUUGCAGAUAAUCUUUCCAGUAAGGUGACACGGCUGAAAUCGCUUGCAUUGGACAUUGACCAAGAGGCUGAUGACCAUAACAAGUACCUGGAUGGCAUGGACUCGGAUUUCCUGAGUGUGACAGGUCUGCUGGGUGGUAGUGUCAAGCGCUUCACCGGUAUGGCUCUAUCUGGCCGGGACAAUCGCAAGCUCUUGUGUUACGUUUCAGUUGGACUCGUGGCUCUCUUCUUCCUCCUUUAUUACCUCGUAUCCCACGCCAGCACAUGAGGGCAGUUUGCUUCCGUACAUCGGGAAUUCUUUGCACAAUACUCUAUGACCCACACAUGGGGAAGGGUCUUUAACCGGUGGGUUGGAGCAUCACAGCACUUUAAGGACCUACACUGAAAACCAGGGCGAUUCAUGCCAAUCCCUGAUUUCUAUUCAUUAUACCAAUCUUAACCCAGUGAUUUGCAGAAUGUUUUAUUGUGGGGUUGGGGUGGUUUAACAUUCUCAUGAUCUCAGUUGGUAUAAAAUGUGUGCUCUCAGAGGGGAUAAAAUGUGUGCUCCGAUCUUCAAAUAUGACUAUGGCUCUCCUUUUUGACAUAAUGUAUUUUAAUCUCAUAUCAAUUGCAUGUGACUCCUUUAUACGUUGAGCAAUGAAGGAUAAAGUGGCUGUGGAACAUUUGCUGCCCAGUCAUCGUUUCCCUGAGUAAAUAUUAAUGACAUGAACACUUGGGGGCUGAUUCACUAAGGGUCGAAUAUCGAGGGUUAAUUAACUCGAAUUCACUCGAAUUUAGUGAAUCGGCCCCUUGCAUUUUUAUUAACUGCACCACAAUUUUUUUAUGUUAAAUAGUUCAACAUUGGCCUGUGAACUGCCAACACCAUCCAAACUCUCGAAUAUGGUCCAGCUCUCCUAUACCUCGUUAUAAAAGGUUGAAUAGCAAAUUGGGGUUGAACCAGAUGUACAUUGAUUGUGCAUACUCCUGCUCCAUCAUCAAUGUCGGAGUCAAAGCCAAAAUCAGACAUGGCAGCUACCACGCCUACUGUGCUACUCUACUUUUUGUGAUUAGGUGCAGAGGAGUGGGACAGUGAGAUUUGGGAGAGACGGGACCUGUGAUGUCUAAAACACUUAUUCUCCUUUAAGGUAUACUAUGGGGCAGAUUUAUCAAGGGUCGAAUAGUAAAUUAAAAUUUUCGAGUUUCAAAAUUCACACAUUUGAAUUUUAACCCCCCUAUUCAAAUGUGAGAUUUAUCACACCUCAACCAUGGAAGCAGUCUUAAUUCGAAUAUAGGCCACCUGAAACCUGCUGAGUUCAUGUACAAGUCAAUGGCAGUGGUCCGUUGAGCCAUUUGGAGAUGUUAAUAGCCUUCCUGACAUUCGAGUUACACUCGAUUCCUUACGAAUUGAAUACGAUGCGAAUUAUUCGAAGAAGUUCUUUCUUAAAUAAUCUCCCAGUCGAUUUGUGAGUUUAUUCGAAUUCAAAAAAAAUAACAUGAAUUUGAAAUUCGACCUUUGAUAAACGGGCCUCUAAAUGUUUGUUUUCAUGUAGGGUACUGGUUUGUUAAACCUUUGUAGCAGCAAAAGCCUUCAUAUUCAGCUAUUAAACUUGUUCUAUUCUGUGAAGGCCUUAAACGUGAUUAUUCUAUGCUUUAAGAGUUCAUACAUGUAACAUAUUAAUUAAAAAAAGCUCUAAAAAUCGAAAA